CUGGAUCUGCCUCUAUUUGUUAAUCGCUGGGGUUAUAGGUGGAACGGCUCACCGCAUCGCAUCUAUCAUUUACGAUUGUACUCAUACCGCCACUGGCACAAAAAGGGAACCAAAAACGCAUAAUCUAUCAUCUUAUCUAUACUAUCAUAUCCUCAUAUCUAUCAUAUCCUCAUCUUCUUGUCUCCUCAUCUUCUUGUCUCAUAACCUCAUAACUCAUCUCAUCGUUGCAUCUGCCACUAUUAUAUUAGUCAUCAUAUUCCUGUUCAUGCCUCAUACUUAGUCAUCGCAAACGAUCAUCUCAAUAUCUCAUAUCGUCACGAUUAAUCAUUCUACUGCCAGUAACAUUACAGAAGAACCGCACAAUAACACUACUACCAUAGUAUCUUCCACAUAUAACUGUUAUCUAUCACAUCUCAGCAUCAUGUCGUACACGUCGAGCGCCUCUACCAUAGCCGCACCUUCGCCAGGUCAGCCGCUCACGCUCAACAAUUUGAUGGCCAACAACUCGCUCUACCAAAGUGUGUCUGUUUCCUCUACCGACUCGUUGGACACGGUCACGUCUGUCUCGACGAUCAAGUUGGCGUCGCCCUCGCCCAAGCCAACGUUUCCCAACUACUACCAGCCACUCACCAAGGAACAGAUAGCCGCCAUGAAGAACCUGACUCUGCUCAACAAAAACAACUCGUCACAGCUGCUGAUAUUUUCAGACAGAGAGAGACCACAUAAGGCUCCCGCCUUGGUCCGCAAGAAGUCGGGCGAGCUCGUCAAGUCGUCGUUGAAGUUGCCUGGAUUGCUUACCAAGUCACUCCUGACGUCACAAUUGCACCAGCGGCUGAAGUCAGUCCGGUUCGCUUCGAGACUCGCCAAUAUCAAGAUGUUUGAUGGAACUGAAAGUCCUUCUACAGUUUCCACAAACGACAACACGCCCAUUCAUUCGCCACAGUCCAACGACUUUUUGGACGACGACGAACAAUUUGCAUACCUCCACAAUCCACAGAAGAGGAACGACUACUUCCACUGGAACUGGAACGGCGAUUUCCUGAAUGGCGAGUUGACAUCUGAUACGUCUAGUGACGAAGACGAUGAGUGGACGGCCCAUCGUCCUACUGUGAGCAAACACCGUGAGUACCGUUUGGUGUCUCACAACAUUCCAAUGACCCAGCCGCUGCUGAAGAAUGUCUAUCUCAAGUCUGUGAACUUGUUGAAGGACGACAACGGCUAUCUUUUCGGCUUGAUCAACGUCAAGAACUUGGCGUUUGAAAAGAACUUGACGCUCAAACUAACCAUGAACAAAUGGGAAACUUCAGUGAUGAUGGGUAGCUCGGUUAUUUCAUACAACAGACCUUUACCCAACAACUACGACCAGUUUAAGUUCAGAAUCCCCUUGACAGACUUGCUUAAGGGAAAGCCAGAUCUGUUGGAGAUCCAGUUGUGCAUCAAAUACGAUGUGCACAACGACGUGUACUGGGACAACAAUAAUAACAACAACUACCAGAUGACGUUGAAGGCUAUUCUGGGAAUCAAGACCUACAAUUACAAGAAGGACGAAGAAGACUUUCCUCAGUUUAACGAACUUAUCACCAAGUUGAUCAAGUUCCAGUCCACGACUUCUGCAGACGCAUCCAAGAAACAUUCGAUCCACUCUCGCUACAACAACUUGAACGACGAAUUGGAGCAGGCCUCCAAACCUCGUUCAAUUUCUGUGGCACCCGUGGCACCCAAGAAUCGUCCUCCUCUCUUGAAGCAUUCGUUUUCGUCUUCAGAUAUCAACGACAACACUCCUCCUCAUAAAUACUCCCAGUCAUAUAAGUCCAAGCAUCAAGCAGCUGGCCAGAAGGCCGACUUCAGCUCUUUGAGCUACGCUGACCUCAUCAACAACUACUGCUUCUCGAACGGUGCAGAAUCGAAUGCCUCCAAGAAGAUCAGCAGUGUUAAACCCGAUGUGCUCACUUCCUGCUCGCCUUCGGCAGCUUCGACCUUCCACGCUUUAAGCGACUCCAUCCACAUCUAAGCUUACAAUUUACAUUUCUAUGCUAUUUAUUUCUGUCAGUUGCCUGUUCUAUUUAUUUCACACUACUGUCUUUAAUUCAUUAUUUAUUUGUCUUUGGGUAAAAUUUUAAUAGUACUAAUAUACAUUUAUACAUUC